AUGGGUGGUGUUGACGUAGAUCGUUCACAACGGAAUGGGCAUUCAAGUAAGUUUUAAUUUUUAUUGAUUCUUUAGUCUUUUUCUUAUUAUUUUAGUCGGUGUUUUAGUGUUGUUAGUUUGUUUCUUGAUUGAAGCCUUUUCAGAAAGAUCGGAAAGGAAGUUUAGUGAAAAUCGAACAGAACGAAAACGAAGGAGUAGAAGCAGAUCUAAAAGUCCAAGUCGACGUGACAGACAUCGGGACAAGGAACGGAGCCGAAGGCGGAGUAGAAGUCCACAAAAUGAUAAAGAAUCAAGGUAAUUUUUGUGCUUUUUGUUUUGAAUAUUAGAUGGAAAGACAGCCUGAAGUCAUGCGGUGAUUUUGAAGCUAAAAUUAUUAAAGAAUCUUUAGGAGUAAAGGGCUUUUAGCUAGUGUUUUACAAAAAGUAAGAUUUUUUAGUAAUGUAGAAUAUAAAGGACGGUAGCUUUUCAUUGAAACGUUUUAAAAUCUUGAUUUCUCACAUGCUUGACACUCAUGGUAUUUACUUUAUAUUUUUAUGUAUGUUUUAAAAAAUUUAGUUUCUUAAUAUUAUUAUACUUAUUAUCAUCUAUCUAUACCAUCUUUUCUAGGCAUUCUCGAAAACGGCAUCAUGAAUUAGAUCGCACUGAAAGCACAUCAAAACGAACAUUCAGAGAAACUUCAGACACAAAUGCAGAUAAUACAGAACAAAAAGAGCAUAAGCCAUCGAAUAUUCAGCAGUUUCACAGUAUGAAACAUCUGAUUAUGAAGAAGGCAAUUGAAGUCAAGAGCACGAUGAAGCCGGGACAAGAGCCUACGUUUAAAACUGAAGCGUUGAAGCCAGAACAAGCUUUGGUAUAUGCAGACUAUCAUAUGACGAAGGCUGAGAAGAAUGCCAAGAAGUUGGAAGACUUGAAGGCGGUAUUGGCCAAGAAGAUGGGAGCAUUGAAGGGUUUGACUGGCAUUAACGAAGGUAAGGGGUUUUUUUGAUUGUCUUGCUUUUAGGUAUGAAUAUAUUACGUCUUUUUUUAGAAGAAACUGUUUUAUAACUUUAUUUAGGUUCAGAAAUAAGAAUUUAACAAAAAUAUUCUUAAUUUGCUGAAAUUUAUAACUAAAACAAUAUAUUCAGAAUCAAAAGAACCAGAGCCAGAGAAACCUAAAAUGGUAUUGGAUCUAAAGCCAGAGCUUCCUCAGUUGUCAGUGUUUGACCCAAGGGUCUCAUUGAAGAGCGCUAGUCGACCAAGGAGAAGAGGUUUCAAUUUUGUUGAACAUGGUCAGUUUGCAAAACAAGCUCAAUUAGAACGAACACAAGCUAAGUUGGCACAACUGCAGAACAAUGUUUCAAAAGUGGCCAAAACUACUGGUAUAUCAGCGGCGGUAAAGCUGGCUAUAGCUACUCCAUCAGGUACGGAAGCUCAUGAUGAUUUACCUGAAAUGGAAUGGUGGGACAAAGUGUUGUUGGAGGAUGGAAAGUAAGGAUAACAUAUAUUCUUAGGAGCUUGUUUUGAAGCAUUUAAAGGUGUUUUGGUUUGUUUUAGCUUUACUUUUUAAAAAGCUUUAUACAAAAUUUUAGAUUAUAAAGGUUUUCUGUUUUUUAAAGACUUAUUUUAGGUUUGAUUCGAUACCGUCAGAAGAUUUACCAUUUGAGCAACGAUACGGAAAUAAAAUCACGAAUCUAAUUGAGCAUCCUGUACAACUGAAGCCUCCAGAUGCUGCUCUGAAUAAUAUUCCCAUAAAGGUAACAUUUUUUUUCCUUUUUAAUGUUUUUAGGUAUCUUCUACCUCUUCAAGCCUGUGAAAUUGGUAUUUUAUACCUGAAAUUCCAAAACAACCGAUUUUGUCUCAUACGACUUAUUUCAUGUUGUUUUUGUGUUUACAGCUAUAUGAACCUUCUGUUUCAGGCCCAUCUAACCAAGAAAGAAAUGAAAAAGCUUCGUCGAAUGAACAGAAAAGAAGUUCAACGUGAAGAAAUGGAAAAAGUACGAUUGGGACUGAAGAAGGCUCCAGAACCAAAAGUGAAGAUGGCCAACUUGAUGAGAGUUCUAGGUCAAGAUGCUAUUCAAGAUCCAACCAAAAUGGAGAAUUAUGUUAGGAAUCAAGUGGCAGAAAGGCUAAAGAAACAUGAACAAGCAAAUAUGGACAGAAAACUGACGAAAGAACAGAGAUCGGACAAGAAAAAGAGGAAAAUCAUGGAAGAUACCUCGAUUCAGGUCCAUGUCGCUGUUUAUAAGUAGGUUUUUGAUAUUGUUUUAUAGGGGUUUUGAAGUUUAAAAUUAUUGUUUAUAAUUUUUAAAAUCUUUGGGUUCUUUUUUGAUGAAAAGUAGCUAAAAUGAUGCUGUUUUAGCUUCAUUUUAACGUUUUCUAUACCUAAAAACGAAAGAAAAGUAUAAUUAUAACUUUUUUAGAGUUUUAUCCCUCUCCAAUCCCAAGAAGAAGUUCCGAGUAGAAAAGAACGCGCGACAACUUCAAAUGACGGGUAUUAUCGUCGCGGUGGAGGAUAUGCAUGUUAUCGUAGUGGAAGGCGGCCCAAAACAACAGAAAUUCUACAAAAAUCUAAUGCUAAACAGAACGAAAUGGUCGGAAGAGUUGGUCGGCCAAAAGAAGGGCGUAGCUGACGAAGAAGCCGAAGGCCAACGAAACGAAUGUAUGUUAAUAUGGGAGGGAUUAGUGCCGGCCAGAAGCUUCUCCGACCCUCCACAAAUCGUCAGAGCCACGGAUCACAAAUCGGCCAGAGACUUGUUCCUGAAACAUGGGGUACCACACUACUGGGACCACUGCUUCUCGCACUCUGUUCUACUCGAAACAACCGAGUGA